AUAUAAUUGCAAUUACAAAUAAACCAAUUCAAAUAGGAAAAACCAUGACAAAAUCAAUAGAACUCGCUAUUAUCACAUUAUUUGUGAUAUUAUCAUCCUAUAUUGUAAAUGCAAGUUUUGCUAAGACAUGGGCAAAAACUGAGCCUUAUGGCCACGAGCGUAAGACUGUCCUACAAUUCUACUUCCACGACAUAAUGAACGGGGACUCCCCAACUGUGGCCUUAAUCGCGCAACCUAUAGGAGGCAACAACUCGGCCUUGGGCUUUGGCAGCUUGUUUAUGGCCGAUGAUCCACUCACCAUAAGCCCUGACCCGACCUCCAAGCUUGUUGGCCGCGCACAAGGUCUAUAUGGUGCAGCCUCACAAGAAGGUGUGAACUUGAUCAUGGGGUUGAAUUAUGGCUUUGUUGAUGGUAUCUAUAAUGGGAGCUCUGUGGUUAUUUUUGGCCGGAACUCAAUCAUGAAUCCGGUUAGGGAGUUCCCGGUUGUUGGUGGGACUGGGGUUUUUCGUAUGGCUCGUGGUUAUGCUGUGGCUCAAACCUACUUCUUUAACCUUACUUCUUUGAAUGCAAUUGUUGGAUAUAAUGUUACAAUUUUUCACCUUUAAGAAUUAUUUCAUCAUGCAUAUAUUUUGUACACUUUCAACUUUGACUUUGGUUAUCUUUUAAUCUUUUAUGCAUGUCGUGGACUAAAAAUAAAAAGGUUUGAUCUGAUUGUGUAUACUUAUGUUCGUUGUAACAUUUCAGUAUUAUGUUUGUUACUUAGCUCCUAGUUUGAUCAUUAUUUAAUAUUUAUCUCCGUUUUUUUAGUUGAUACGUAUUUCUUUUUUAGAAAUUUAUUUUAG